CGUCCUUCCCUCCCACCGGCCGCAGCGGCACCCCAUCCACAACCGGUGGGAAGAUGCCUGGCGGCGACCAGGGUGGAGCAGGAGCCGAGGACGACGUCUGCUGGUCUGGCAGCUGCUCCACCUGGACAUGAGGACCCUGCGCACAGCCUGGGGCUGAGCCCCCGUCCCGGUACUGCCAUGGUGCUCCCCUGCGCCCGCAACAGUGGCGAUGGCGGCUGGCUGGUGCCCGAGGAGCCCCGUGGCCGCAGCAACUCUAUCCCCCCGGCGCAGACCCCCACCGCCAAGCACAUGCUGGCUUACCUCCCCCGGCCACCCACCGACACCAGCUGGUACGGCACUUUCCCCCAGAAGCCCGAACUCCCGGCCGCCCCUGGGGCUCUGGCGGAGGACAGCAGGCAGCAAGCCAGCGCCGCCGCUGCCAAGAGAAGCGCCCUGAUGCCAAACUACCUGUCCCCACCCUGCCGUGGUGGCACCGUCCCCGACGAGCCAUCCCUGCUGCCGAGCCGUGGCAGCGUGGCUGCCCAGCACCAUCCUGGUGAUCUGUCCCGGUGCCUGCUGGCCGCCCCACAGGAGGCAGGCACCCGCUGUUACGCGCUGCACACGCUGAGCGUGCCCAACAUCCCCAGCUCGGCGCGCAGCAAGACCCCCACCCGCAGUGCCGCCGCCGCCACCCCAGAGGGGCUGCAGACCCGGCGCCGCAAGCUGCUGGAGGACGAUAGCCCCGUGGUCCAGGCCAGCAAACGGCAGCGGCAGCGCUACGUGACGAAGGUGGGCAAGUGCCAGGUGAACCUGGGCAACAUCCAGGAGAAGAAGCGGUUCCUCUCGGACAUCUUCACCACCAUCGUGGACCUCAAGUACCGCUGGUUCCUCUUUGUCUUCAUGAUGUGCUACAUCGUCACCUGGGUGGUCUUCGGCACCAUCUACUUCUUCGACGCGUGGGUGCGGGGCGACAUCGGGCACCGGGGUGAUCCUGAGUGGCGGGCGUGCAUCGAGAACGUGGACGACUUCGUCUCUGCCUUGCUCUUCUCAGUGGAAAGCCAGCGGACCAUCGGCUAUGGCUCCCGGAUGGUGACGGCCAACUGCGCUGAGGGUGUCAUCCUGCUGAUGGCGCAGUCCAUCGUCGGCUCCAUGAUCGACGCCCUGAUGGUGGGCUGCAUGUUUGUCAAGAUCUCCCGGCCCAAGAAGCGCGCCCAGACCCUCAUCUUCAGCAAGAACUGUGUUGUCUCCCGCCGGGAUGAGAAACUCUGCCUGAUGUUUCGCGUGGGAGACCUGCGGGACAGCCACAUGGUAGACGCCAAGAUCCGGGCCAAGCUGAUCAAGUCCCGGCAGACGGCCGAGGGGGAGUUCAUCCCCCUGGAGCAGUCGGAGCUGAACCUGGGCUACGACACGGGGGAGGACCGCCUGUUUCUGGUGGAGCCCCAGAUCAUCUGCCACGUCAUCAACCGCCGCAGCCCCUUCUGGGACAUGUCAGCCGAGUCGCUGCGCCGGGAGCAGUUCGAAAUCAUCAUCAUCCUCGAGGGCAUUGUGGAAGCCACAGGAAUGACGUGCCAAGCCCGCACCUCGUACACGGAGGAUGAGAUCCUCUGGGGGUACCGCUUCGAGCCCUGCAUGUCCCUGGAGAAAGGCGCCUUCCGGGUGGACUACAGCCGCUUCGAGAUGACCUUCGAGGUGCAGACACCGGCCGCCAGUGCCAAGGAGCUGCACGAGCUGAAGGAGCUGGAGCAGCAGGAGCACUCCAUGCUCAGCCUCUACUGGGACCACCUCCUGCAGCCCUGCGCCCCGCCGGGGACCGGGCCCGGCAAGGAUGCUCUCACCGGGCUGAGCGGUCCCAGCAGCGUGGCCGAGGGCAGCCGGGACGAGCCGCUGGAGCAGGGGGUCGCCGCCUGAGCUGCUCCCGGGGGGCCACGGGAUGGGACGCCCGGCCGUGCCCUCCAUGCAUGGCAGGUGCCUGGCAGAGGGUCCCGCGCCGACAGUGCCAUAGCCCACCCUCCCUCCAUGGGGCUGAGCCCUCCUGCUCCCUGGCCCUCGCCCCCCCCCACCCCACAGCCCCGGCUGCAGCCACGUGGCAUUAUUUUUGCAGUGGGUGAUUAAAGUCUCUUAAUUAAAAAAACCCACACAAAUAAAUCAGCAGUGUUUGUUCUGCUUGCACGACACUUGACAGGGGUUGCUCAGACCCCCUGAAUGGGAUGGCUGCUGCACAGCAUGGGUGGGGAGGGGCUGUGACCCCACACAAGGCUCCAGGGCCCCCCCCACUGCCCCCCACGUCACUCCAGGGCCCCCCCGCAGCACCCCACAGACUCAGACAUCACCCCACAGCCUCCCCCCGACACCCCCAAGCUGCCCCCCCAGCCCCACGCAUUGCCCCAGGACCCCCCCAUCACAGAACUGUCACAGCUGGACGGUUCUGCAAGAGGCUGGGACAGAGUUUAAUAGAGUUAAACAAAUAUAAUUAAAUUAAUUAUGCUGAUAGAAAUAGAUGAAUGGCAUUAGGUGGGUCAGUAUUCAUUCCUGCACAGGGGGUGCCCUGCAAGGGUGGCGUUACCCAGUGAGGGGGUGUCCCACCCUCCUAUCCCCCCUCCCCCCCAGCACAGCACUGCGUAUGUAACUCAUCACUCCCGCCCACGCCACUAAUUACUAAUCACAGUAAAACCCCACAGAGCAGCCGCGUUUCUGCACCGUUCUCACCACCUGGCUGCUGCACCGCCAUCCUGGGGGGGUGUCGCUGGAGUGAGGAGGGGCUCAGCAAGGGGUUGGGGUGGGGGGAGUUCUGGUUGUACUUGGCUGUCCAGGGGCACCUCGUGUCGCCACAGCCAGCUCCUGCCUCUGGCGUGUGUCACUGCAGCGCAAAACAUACCAGAGGCGGCAGCGAAAUGCCACCGCUGCGCCACAUCGCGGUGCUUAAUGUCCCCUUUUAUAUCUAUAAAUCCAUAUAAAAGUUCUUAUGUAGCAGGUCUGGCUGGGAUGGCAUCACCUUCCCCCUCCAGUGCUGUGCUUUGUGGCCAUCACUUGAGGUGAAGGAGAAGAUAAAAUCCUUUUGGUUUCCUUUGCUGCUGCAUGCCACCUUUGCUUUUUCUUUAAUUAAACUGCCUUUAUCUCA